AUGUCCGUCACAGAAAACAUACCUCCUGACAAGACAAAGGAAGACCAAGUCAAGACUGCCAACAUGGUCCUGAGAAUCUCAGAGGGGCUAGUGUCCGCCCUGGUUGAGCCCAAGUCUCAGCAAAAUAAUACAGAGUCUCGGAAAACUGUGAAGACACCAACCAUGGAAAUUAAUGUAGUGAGCCGUAAAGGGAAUAUGACUGGGAUGUCUGCACUAUUUGCCAAGGGAAACAUGAUGGCAAUCAAUCUUGCAGAUGUUGCUAAAAACAACAACGGAUCCGCUUCUGCAGUCCUGAUGUCAGUCAGCGGGGUGGACAAGUUCAUGAGUCCCAGUUUCUUCGAGAGUGAAAAUGUCACAGAGAUAUAUUCUGACAUCAUCACCGCCACACUGCCUAAGACGAAACACAAGGAGCUCCCUGAGCCUGUCAACUUUACUAUGUUCCACAAGAAGAAGUUCCAGCCUGGCCUGGUUACCUGUGUGUACUGGAAGGAACAGGGGGAGGAGACUCACUGGUCAGUGGAUGGGUGCACAGCCUCCUUCUCCAAUGAGAGCCUGACAGUAUGCAGCUGUACCCACCUCUCCACCUUCGCCCUCCUCCUGCAGACGGAGGAACAGGAAGAGGACAGUUCUCUGCUGGAGGUGGUGAACCUGUUCUGUAUGAGUGUGGGUCUGGCCUUCCUCGCCCUCGCCAUCCUCACAUUCCUGCUGUGCACAUGGAACCCUAAAAUCAACAACACCGCCCGCCUCCACCUCAGUAUCUGCCUCUUCUUGGGUCACCUGCUCUUCCUUGUGGGCGUGUCGCGCACUGAGAAUGCGGUGGCGUGUGCAGUCAUUGCAGGCAUGCUGCACUUCCUCUUCCUGUCCAGCUUUGUGUGGAUGCUGCUGGAGACUCUGCAGCUCUUCAUGCUGGUCAGGAGCCUGUCCAAAGUGCAGGUCAUCCAGAAGGAGGGGCUGAGGGCACUGUACCUCCUGCUGAUGGGCUACGGAGCUCCCCUGGUGGUGGUGGGAGUGUCUGCAGCAGUGUAUUCAGACGGCUAUGGCAGCAAAGGCGCUUGCUGGUUACAAAAUGAAAAAAACUUCCGUUGGAGUUUUAUUGGUCCAGUGGCUGCUAUUCUCGCCCUCAACUUGGUCUCAUUUUGUGUGGUCAUCUGGAGCCUGCUGCCUACUUUAGCCAACAUGAAGAGUGACGUCUCCCAGUCAAGAGACACCAGGCUGAUUAUCUUCAAAAUUGUUGCCCAGUUUCUCAUUUUGGGGUGCACCUGGAUCCUGGGAUUUUUCCAGAGAACCUCUAUGUUAAAAUACCUCUUCGUCAUCCUCAACUCACAGCAGGGCACCUUCAUCUUCAUCGUUCACUGUCUGCUCAACAAAGAGGUGCGGGAGGAGUACAGGAGGUGGCUCUCCUGUCUGUGUAGAACCGAAGGGCCUUCAGGAGGCAGACGCAAAGAAAAUAUCAAACACUCUGGGGGGAAUCUGUCCCGGCCCACCAUCAGUGACACCCCAGUGGUGGAGUGUGGCGUUGCCCUGUAG